UUGACUUACAUGAGAGGCUCGAGAGGACGACCGGCUAAUGUGACCUCACAUGAGACCCGACAACAGCUUAGCACUGAACAUAAACUCUCAGUUUGUUGUCAGCCUCUCCGGUUUUAACGUAUUCGGCGGUUGUUUCUUAAAGUGUGUCCGUUGGUGUUGUGCUUGUCAUGAGUUAGCCAACGAGCUACAUGAAGCUAACCUUAGCAAGCUAGCUAAGCUAAGCUACUUCCACACAGUUGUAACACAAAUACAAUGUAAAAAAAAGGAGUUUCAGAUGACUAAAUUAGGCAAAAUACAGAUAAACAUAGCUAAAUCUUAAGUUCAAGUCUGUUGAAUCCCAUUCAUAAAUCAGUGUAUUUAAAUAAUGGUCAUGCAGGUUUAAUGAUAGUAAACGUUGCUUCAUCAGGUGAAAACAGCUGACUGUCUUUAUUCAUGAGCCGAUCGACAGAAGUCUCAGUAGUAACUCGUUUCUGUCGUGUUUUGUCGCAGUUGUUGAAGAAGCUGCUGAACUUUGUCACAAUGAGGAAACUUUUAACGAGACUCAUCAACAGAGUUCUGCUGAGUAAGCUGUUCACACCAGCGAUGUGUGGGGAAGCAGAAAUACACACAGAAGGACGAAGAAGGCUGGUGGUGGGGCUGGGUAACCCGGGGAUGGAGGGUACCAGACACAGCGUCGGCAUGGCGGUGCUCGCCGCGCUCGCCGCCCGCCUCGGCGUGGCCGACCGUUGGCGCGGCGACAAGCACGUGUCCGGUGAGGUCAUCGUGGUGUCGCCCGUGGUGCUGCUCCGCCCACGGCUGCUCAUGAACCUCAACGGGGUGUCGGUGGCCAAGGCCGCUGGUAAAUUCGGCAUCAGGCCUGAAGACAUCGUGCUGGUCCACGACGAGCUGGACAAACCUCUGGGGAAGGUCGUCAUCAAACACGGAGGAAGUGCCCGAGGUCACAACGGAGUGCGCUCCUGUGUCGACUGCCUCCAGACGGACGUGAUGUCCAGACUUCGGGUCGGGAUCGGCCGUCCGGCGGGGAAGACGUCCGUGGAGCGUUACGUCCUGGGCCGGUUCUCCUCGGAGGAGAAGAAGGUUCUGGACUCGGUUCUGGCUCAGAGCGUGGACCUCCUCCUCUCCCAGCUCGCCCUGCAGGACUCCCAGCCCCCCUCCUCACCAGCAGGGGGCGGGCGAGCGGCGGCGCCGAGGGGGAAGGAGACGAAGAGCUCUUCAUCUUCAUCUCCAGCUGCUGCUGCUGAAGCUCAAGAACAUGAACCUCACAGAGACGAUCUGAGACUGAGACAUUGCUGCAGAUCAACACGAAGGAUCCUUCAACCGGAGCCCAGGUUUGACCUCAAAGAAUCAGCUCCAACCUCCUCUAGCAGCACAGCUGCAACCACAUCUGUGUGUUUAUUACCUCCUUCUUUUGUCUGAUUGUUGGUUGACAUUGAUGACUCUCAAACAUGCAGACUGCUUUCAGAAAACAAAUGUUUUGUAACAAGUUUUUCUCUUUUAUUUGUAAUUUUUGAAAUAUGAUCAGAUCGCUCAUGAACGGUCCGUUAACUCUGUGGUUGUUUGUCACUGUGUGGAUUUUGAAGCUCAUACUGAUUAUGAUUAUUAUUUAUUGUGAUUGAAAUCAUAAAUGUAAAGGACUGCAGCCUUGCUGUUAAUAAAGAAGUAAAAAUGUCA